AGGACUGUGUCUGAGGGAAGAACAACCGGAGAGACUGUGGAUUACCGGGAGCGCGCUCCGUGCCUGCGGAGCUGCGGACGCAGAGAUUUCCAAACAGAGGAGUUAACCAGGAAGUGGACCACACCUCUUCUUCUCUUCCUGGAUUUGGACUCUUCUCCUUCACUGAUUGGCUCUCCUGUGACGCUGCUUGUGAUUGGUCGGACCUGGAUUCAAGGACGUCUGAGGGGGUCCACCCCCGCCUCCUGACUUCCUGUUUACUUCCUGGAACACCGUGAGCACUUCCUGUCCCGUCACCUGUCCGUCACUUUCACAGACGCCGACGCCCACCAUGACCUGCUGACAUCUUCAAGCCCCGCCCUCCUUCCUCCUCCUCCUCUUCCUCCUCCCCUCUCUCUAUCCUUCAAAAUGGCCCAAACCAAUUGGCCGUCGUCGUGGCGACCGCUCCCGUCGUUGUUUCUUCCACUGCUGCUCGUCCUCACUUCCUGUUUCCUGUCGGAGUCGGUCACGCCCUUCCCCAAAGACCUGGAGCCAAUCAACGUGGUCACCUCAGAGCAUUCCUACCAGUUUCCAGGUUUUCAGGGUUUGCUUCAGGACAACGACACACUGCGUCUCGGUCUGGACUUUCAGAGGUUGUUACGCAUCAACCACAUGUUGUACAUCGCUGCCAGGGAUCACGUGUUCGCAGUGAAUCUGACGACGGCUUCAGAGGAGUUCGUCCCUCGACUGAAGCUGACGUGGCGAUCCAAAGACGUCAGCAAGUGUACGGUCAGAGGGAAGAACAGCGACGAGUGCUACAACUACGUCAAAGUUCUGGUGCCGCGAAACGACGAGACGCUGUUCGCCUGCGGGACCAACGCCUUCAACCCCACCUGUCGAAACUACAAGAUGACGUCUCUGGAGCAGGUGGGGGGGGAGGUGGUGGGUCAGGCUCGCUGCCCCUUUGAGUCCGGUCAGUCCAACGUGGGACUGUUCGCUGGAGGAGACUUCUACUCGGCCACCAUGACGGACUUCCUGGCGAGCGACGCCGUCCUCUACCGGAGUCUGGGAGACGGACGGCCCGUCCUCAGGACCGUCAAGUACGACUCCAAGUGGCUCAGAGAGCCUCACUUCCUUCACGCCAUCGAUUACGGUAACUACGUCUACUUCUUCCUGAGUGAGAUCGCAGUGGAGUACACCGCCCUGGGCAAGGUGGUGUUCUCUCGGGUCGCCCGGGUUUGUAAGAACGAUAACGGAGGUUCUCCCAGAGUUCUGGAGAGAUACUGGACUUCCUUCCUCAAGGCCCGUCUCAACUGCUCGGUCUCCGGAGACUCCUUCUUCUACUUCGACGUCCUUCAGUCUCUCACCAACGUUCUGCAGAUCAACCAGAGACCGGCUGUGGUCGGAGUCUUCACCACGCAGUCCAACAGUAUCCCCGGAUCGGCCGUCUGUGCUUUCUACAUGGACGACAUAGAGAAGGUCUUCAACGGGAAGUUCAAGGAGCAGCGGACCAGCGACUCGUCCUGGACUCCAGUUCCUGACGAGCAAGUUCCCAGACCGAGACCCGGUUCGUGUGCAGGCGACGGUCCGGCUGCAGACUUCACGUCGUCGAUUCAGUUCCCUGAUGAGACGUUGACGUUUAUUAAGUCGUAUCCUCUGAUGGACGAGGCGGUUCCAUCCGUCAACGACCGGCCAUGCUUCACCAGGACCUCCAGCAGGUCCAAGCUGACCCAGAUCGUGGUGGACGUGUCGGCCGGGCCCUUCAAGGACCGGACGGUGAUGUUCCUGGGCUCCGACGACGGCCGGGUUCUGAAGGUUCUGGCCAGCACGCAUCCCAAUGACAGCUUCGGAUCCAAACUGCUGGAGGACAUCGACGUCUACAACCCGUCCAAGUGA